AAUCAACAUGAUCCCCAUUGUGCUGGCCUCAGUGCUCAUUGCUUGCGCCCUUGGGUGCGGUACUCCACCCAUUGAACCCGUGACUACUCGUGUGGUCAAUGGAGUGGACGCCAAGCCCCACAGCUGGCCCUGGCAGAUUUCUCUGCAGUAUGAAAGGGACGGUGAGUGGAGGCACACAUGUGGGGGGUCUCUGAUCGCUGCCAACUGGGUCAUGACUGCAGCUCACUGCAUCAACAACAAGCUCUCCUACAGGGUUUAUGUGGGCAAACACAACCUGGUUGAGGAAGAACCCACCUCCAAAGCCAUCCUGCCUGAGACGAUUAUUGUCCAUGAGAAAUGGAACCCCAUCUUUGUGGCCUUCGGUAACGAUAUUGCCCUGAUCAAGCUGUCAGAGCCUGUGACUUUGACCGACCAUGUGCAGUUGGCUUGUAUCCCUCCUGCUGGCACUUUGCUGCCCAACCUCUACCCCUGCUUCAUCACUGGAUGGGGAAGACUCUACACCGGAGGCCCCAUUGCUGAUAAGCUGCAGCAGGCUUUGAUGCCUGUGGCCGACCAUGCCACCUGCUCCCAGCCUGACUGGUGGGGUAUUGCUGUCAGGACCAGCAUGGUGUGCGCCGGUGGGGAUGGAAUCGUGGCUGGAUGCAACGGUGACUCUGGUGGCCCCCUGAGCUGUAAGAAUAGCAAUGGUGUCUGGGAGGUCCACGGCAUUGCCAGCUUUGUCUCUGGUCUGGGUUGCAACUAUGAGAAGAAACCUACUGUCUUCACCCGUGUUUCUGCCUUCAACGACUGGAUCGACCUGACUAUGAUGAACAACUAAAGAAGAUGAAGUGUCAAUAAAAGACCCAG